UAUUCAGAUAAAGCAAUUUGGAUAAUUCGUUUGUAUUUAUCUUUGAGUGAUAAUCAUUUAGUUUUCAAGAAAAGUUUAAUAGUGAAAAAUAUUGUUAUGUAUGUUAAUACGCUAAAUAUUUACAAUGUAAUUAAUUCACAGUUAAAUAAAGAAAAGAAAUGUACAAGUUAAAUAUUUUAUUGUUUUUUUACUAUUUUGCAAUUGUUACUGUUUUUGCUAAUACAUCAGCAGUGAAUGAUAGUUUUUGCAUAAUUCAUGAACCUGUUUUGAGUCUUUUUUCUUAUAACUUUACAAACCUUAUAAAUUCUACAAAAGAUGUUGUUUUAAAUUUCUUCAAUAUAACUAUUCGAUUACAACUAUGCUCUCCAUUAAAAGAAAAAUGCAAUGGAAAAGAUGGAUAUGGAGUUUGUUUAUUAAAAAACAAAGAAGAAAAAGGAAUAGGAAAAAUGCCUCCAACAGUAAAUAUAACUCAGGGGAGAAUAUCAUUUAUAUUCACAGGUGAUGAUUGUACAUCUAAAGUAAAAUAUAUUGUAAAUAUUAUUAUGAAAUGUGAUUAUAAAGCUGAAAAUUCUUAUCCUGAAAUAUUUCCUAAUACAUUAAAAACAUGUAAUAUAUUCAUGAUAUGGAAAACUCAUCUUGCUUGUGGACCUCGAAUUAAAAAAAAUUGUACAGUAAUAAAUAAUGGUUUACACUAUGAUCUAUCACCUUUAACAACUUAUUCACAAAAUUAUAUUAUUUUAAUGGAUAAUAAAACAUCUUCAAAGAUUAUAUUAAAUGUUUGUCAUUCUGUAAUAUUUGAAUAUAAUGCUUUAUGCCAAUCAACUUCAGGAGCCUGUUUACAAAAUUCAUCACAAAUUGGAUAUGUGAACUUAGGUGAUGUUCAAUCUCCAACCAUAACAGAUGGAAAACUUAUGCUUGAAUAUCAAGAUGGGGAUUUGUGUAAAGUGAAAAAUAUUACAAUGCCACAUAUUAAAACUACUAUUUCUUUUAUAUGUGAUUUUGAAGCUAUGGAUACAUUUCCAGAAUAUAUUGGAGGCAGUGAAGAAUGUCAUUAUCAAAUAAUAUGGAAAACUAGAGCAGCUUGCAGUAUAGAAUUUCUACGCAAUAGUAGUAUAGCUACUGCUGGGAAAUGUACAGUGAAUAAUCCUCUUACAAAUUUUACAUAUGAUUUACGAUCUUUAAUGAGUAAAAAUUUUACAAUAACAAAGAAUGACAUACAAUAUAAAUUUAAAAUAUGUGAAUCACUUGUAGAUAAUUCAUGUGUAACAGGAACAGGAAUUUGUCUUUCUAAUAAUAAUAAAUCUAUGGGAAUAUCUAUGGGGAAAGCUAAUACAAAUUUAAUAUGGGAAGAAGGUGGACCAUAUUUAAAUUAUACAGAUGGAGAUUUAUGUGAAAAUGGACGACGACGUUAUACAAUUAUUGCAUUUUUUUGUGGGCCAGAAGGAUCUCCAAAUGAACCACUUAUUAUGGAACAAAAUACUUGCCAAUUAAUUAUACAUUGGAAUACUAAUUUAGUUUGUGAGCAAAGGAUAAAAUGUGCUACAGAUGACAAUGAAAUAAAUUUAAGUUCAUUGAUAAAGUCUACUGAUAAUUAUAUUAUAAAAGUAAAUAAAACUGAAUUUCAUAUAAAUAUAUGUAGACCAUUAGUUCCUGUAUCUGGAUUAACAUGUAUACAUGGCAGUGCAAUUUGCAAAACUUCAUUAAAUUCGAAUAAUGAAUAUAUAAAUGAAACUAGUUUAGGAUUGUCAAAAGAAAGCCCUAUGUUAAAUAAAAAUCAUGAAACUGUAUUACAUUAUGUUGAUGGAUCAAUAUGUCCUGAAAAUUCAAAAAAAUUAAUUUCUUCAAAUUUUACAUUUCCAUGUUAUAAUAAUGAUAAGGGACUUCCAGAAUUUAAGAAAUAUGAAGAUUGUACUUACAUUUUUGAAUGGAAAACAAGUAUAACAUGUGGAGCUGCAAUGGGAAAUUGGAUCUCUCCUUGUAUCGUAAAAGAUCAAUUAUUUUCACAUGAAUGCAACUUAUCUUUAUUACAUAAAAAUGAAAAAGUAUAUUAUGUAAAGAAUAAACAAGGAAAAGAAUAUAGUAUAAAUAUAUGCGGCGAGGAAAAAGUCUGUGAUAAUUCUGCUGUAUGUCAAGGAAAUAAUGAAUAUGGAUCACUAGCAAAUGUAAUUUUUGAUUAUGGCAGAAAUGUUAUAAAACUUCAGUACUCUAAUGGUAGUAAAUGUGUAAAUGGUUUUUAUACAUCUGAAGUAUGGUUUAUAUGUAACAAAUCUAUAGGAAUUGGCACACCAAAAUUAUUAUGGGAAUCGGAAUGCAGUGCAAAAUUUGAAUGGUAUACAAAUGUUACAUGUUCCUGUCAAUCGAGCUCUCAGCAACCCACAAUUCCUUCAAAUGCACAUGAUGUUCAAAACUUUUCUCCUAGUCAUACUGGUAUCGUGGCAGUCAUUGUGUUGAGUGUUAUUGCUUUAAUAAUAGCACUAUUUUAUUUUCGAAAUCCAGAUAAAAGAGCGUGUUUGCGCUCAUGUAUCAAUCCAUUUUCUUCAAGAAGAGGCAAUAGUCGUGUCCAAUAUUGCAGAGUUGAUACUACGGAAGAAGCUCGUCUUCUGCUCGAUGUUGAUGCCACGCAAUGUCAAACUGAUAGCGAUGAUGAUCUUUUGAAUGCAUAGUCAUUUGUUGUUGUCUUUUAUAUAUCUAUUUUAUCUAAGUUCAAAAUAUACGAAUAACAUUUUUA